CAACCUCAAUAUGAGUCCAUUGUUUGUCAGUCAUGUAGAGACAGUCCCCUUUUGGCCAGCCUCCUUGCAGCUUGUUGCAGAUCAUGGCCUCUUGCCAUAAUGAAGUCUAUUUGUUUGCAAUUUCAUUGUUUCGGGGAAUACAUAAACUUUUGAACCAUGUGAAUUAGCUGUGUGUGUGUCCAAGUUGAAUCAAGCCAUUAGUUAAUUAGAAUGUGUGUUUUUUUGCACUUUGCAGAACAACUGUACGAAGAAAUGAUUCGUUGUACAACGGACGACAAGCGUUAUUACUCAGUACAUUUCGUGAGGUUACAAAUUGAGUUUGUCAAGGUUCAACCGUCGAGCGUGAAAAACUUAAUCCGCCUUGUAAAGUACUGGCGCAAAACCUGCAUCGAAGACAAAAGCAGUGGUAAAACUAGACUGCCAUCUUCGUAUCCGCUGGAGCUCAUCACGAUAGCCUGUUGGGAGAAGGCUGGAAAACCAUCAUUUGACAUUCGGGCCGGUUUUAAAGCUGUUCUUCAACAGUUGGUCAAGAAUUGCCACAUACACGUCAUUUGGCAUAAAUACUACAGUGAGGCUGUCGCUGAGAGAGGAAUCAAGGGGAUGAAGAUAAGCCCACCAUUUGUUCUGGACCCUGCCAACCCAACCAACAACGUAUGCAGUGCUAGUGAUGCCGAGGGAUGGAAAACCGUGGCAGAUGUGGCUGAUAUGACACUUCAGAGGCAGCCACUGAAGGACAUCACCUUCAAUGGAAACUGGCAAAUAAUUUAGGUUCAAGACAUUCAUAGGUCAUAAAUAGGGGUGGACUGAUACCGAUACCAAAUACUCGAUAUCAUCGAUACUGGCGUUUCCUUAAAAAGUAUCAAUACCUUUGAGAAGUUUCGAUCGUUUCGAUCUCUUUCAAUACUGCACACGUGACUGCUCACUGAAAUAUUUCAGGCAGUUUCAGUGCCCUAAAUCAAUAGUUUUCUCGUUAGUGUUGUUGUACUGCACUCGAACUAGUCCUGCUGUUAAGAGCCAAAACUAACCUUCAUUGUUCAUUUUGUGAUAAAAGCAUGAAACUUCCCAGGAUGAUAACCUCUAUAAGGUAAACAUUUUCUGAUAUGGGAUUUCCAGACGGGUGGGGGUGGGGGUGAAGGUGGGGAUCCAAACCAUGAAACUUUCCUAGGGAGGAGUGCAGAUAUUUUCUGGAACAACACAAUAUGGUUCUCAUAUGCAUCUGAAAAUGUUCUGCUAAGUAAAUGGUUUCAGAGUCCCAAUAGCACACCUCAAGCCAAAAAUUCACAGAGGUAUUACACCACCUCCACACACCAUUCUGGCUUCAAACAUAGAUUAAGGUGGAUGAUGCUACAUUUUAACUGUCGCAACAUGCAAUGGGUUCUCAAAUCACUGUUUCAAUGUAAAACAUUCAUCACAGAAUCUGUAUGAAAACGACAUUUAAAUAAAACCCUGGACGCCUGGAAAAGGCAUCAAUAUUUUAUCCCAAGUAAUAGUGCGUGGAAAAAAGCGACAGUAAACAGAUGCUAUUAAACUUCAGAUGUAUUCAGGA